UGAAAGCAAUCAGACCCUACGAAACGAAAAAGAAAAUUUAGAUAAGAAGAUGGUUGAAUUAGAGUCUUCAAUAAAAAUAUCCGAUGAGAAAAACAAUUCUCUUGAAGGUUAGUAUUUGCAUUAUAUUUAAUAGCUUUAUAAUCAUACUAAAAAUAUUUUCGAAUGAAGACGAAAUCCGAACUUUGAAAGUUGAUCUUAGCACUUAUCAACAAGAAAUAAACCUUCUUAAAGAUGACAACAAUAAAUGGAGAGACAGAUUCCAAACUGUGCUCAACAAAUAUGGUAUCAAUGAUCCUACUGAACUACAACAAUUACAAGAUAAUUUAAAAUCUGUUACGGAGAAUCUGAAAGUCAUUACAGAGGAACGCGACAGAAUGAAGUCCGAAAUUGAUAGGUUAAAUGCGGAUAUUGAUUCUCAUAAAAAACAGAUAAAUGAUCUCAAAAGUACAUCUGACAGUGCCACCAAGUCUAAUCAUACUCUUAAAGCUCAGUUCGAUAACCUGAAGAUAUCAGCAAUGAAAUUCAAAACUGAUAGAGAUAAUUAUAAGACAAAAAUUGAACAGAUGGAGAAGGAGAAUACGCAAUUUAAACAAGAGAAUGCACAAUCAAAGAUGGAGAAUACAAAAUUAAGAGAAUCACUCGAAGGGCAAAAGAAAAAAUUUCAAGGACAUGUGCAGAAUAUGCAACGAACGCUGCAACAAAAAGCUACAAGCCAACUUCAAGUUUAUCAGGAACAAUCAAAGAAAGAAAUUGAAGAAUUGAAGAAACAAAUUGAGGAGUUGAAGAAACAAAACGAAGAGAAGACAAAACAAGUUGAGGAGAAGACAAAACAAGUUGAGGAGAAGACAAAACAAGUUGAGGAGAAGACAAAACAAGUUGAAGAAGCUUUAGAAAAGGAACCAGAAUUAUUGAGAAUAAAAGCGCAAGAGUCUAUGUAUAAGAGUAAAAUUAGUAGAUUGGAGACUGAGAAUACCGAGUUAAAGCAAAAAUUUCAAUCUUCGUCAGAAAGUUCGUUGAAAGAAGUAGUCGCUAGUCAACCUACAGCUGAAACUAUAGCAAAAGAUACGGCAGUAAAGACGGAAGAAUUUUUGCAAUCAUUAUUGCCUAUGACAUCUGUUUCAUCGUUAAUUCCAACGACUACUAAUUUACCUGGCGUAACUUCAACUGUACAUAAUGAUUCAAACACUACAACUUCACCCGGAAGUCCAUUUCAAGCUGUGCAAGAACUACAUAAUGAUGCACAAGAAAACGUUUUACAACCGCCAGUUAUGCAACAAAUAACAGUUCAACCUGCUGCUACUGCUGCUAGUAGUGGUGAUGGUCCGAAUAUGACAGGCGCAUCAGUUUCAGUUAGAUUACCCGGCAGUAAUACUGGACAAAUUCAAAAUGCACCGAGAGAGAAGCCACCUGUUAAAAUUCAAAGACAUCGUGGGCCAUUAGUGCUUCCAAGUUCGCCUCGGGGUCCGUCUCAGGUAGCUUCGCCUACGCCCACUGUCGAAGAACAGCCGUUGAAUCAGUCUCAAACUGUAUCAGAUACAGAAAAAGUUGUUCAACCAUCCGAAGUAACGGAAGCAAUAGCAAUAACUGUUCAGCCCGCUCAAGAAGUACCAAAUGAAAUUCAGCCUGAGAACGAACCAUUAACUUCUGUAUUAGAGGAAACUCCAGCUGAAGCUACGGUUCGUAAGCGUUCUUGGGAUGAAGUUGAAACACAAGAAGAAUCUCUUGGUUACAUCCACUUCAGCUGUACAAGUUGAAGAUUUUGAUAUUACAAUUCCCUCAAAUAUUGCUGAUGGAGGUGAUGAGGAAGAAGUGAAGGGUGACGCCGUCGCCAACUCUCCAACCACGAAUGAUGAUGUUGCGGGAUUUCCAGCAACAAAAAAGAUUAAGGUUGAAGAAGAAUAAUUAAUUAAUAAUAUUUAAUUAAAAAAUUAGAUUUUUCGAUAACUGAUUUUAUAAUCUUCGCAAUAUGUUAUGUAUAAUAUACAAAUUUUUACAGCGUGUGUAAUGAGUGAUCGAGUUACACGUUCUUAAAGUAGUAAUAUUGAUUAUCAAGUGAUAAUUUGAGUACAUUUUUCCCGAGUAUUUUCUUUCUGAAAAUAAAAAGUAACCCUUUAUUCCAUAUUAGUAUUUUUACAGAUUAUAGACAAUAUUUAUUGAAA